UUUCUUCUGGAGCGAGACGGAGGGUGUGUGUGUGUAUGUGUGUGUGUAAGCAGCCGCACACAUGCUGUUUGGUAUACAGCAUCCAAAUGGAAGAUCCAGUCUCUUCACAUCCAUAAUCAGGUCUUCUUUGUGAGUGUGAUUCUCUUGAUGCUAUCAUGGUAACAGCUCACAUCACUGUCAGAUCUCUACUGCUGCUUGUCUUCUGUCCUGUCCACUGCUCUUCUAUAGGGCCACCUGCGCUGUCGUCCUAUGCCAAGACAGAGGACAGACUUUUUAAAAAACUCUUCAGCAACUACCAGAAAUGGGUAAGACCAGUGGAGGAUCUGAACGGAACGGUACAGGUUAAAUUUGGGCUGGCUAUCUCCCAGUUGGUGGAUGUGGAUGAGAAGAACCAGCUGAUGACCACCAAUGUGUGGAUUAAGCAGGAGUGGACAGACAUGAAGCUUAGGUGGAAUCCGGACCAUUACCUAGGAAUCAAAUCCAUCAGAAUUCCCUCAGACUCCAUUUGGAUUCCUGACAUUGUGCUUUAUGACAAUGCAGAUGGUAAUUUUGAGGCCACUGUGACAAAAGCAGUUGUGCGUUAUGAUGGAAGAAUCUCCUGGACUCCUCCAGCCAACUACAAAUCAGCCUGCACGAUAGAUGUGACCUUCUUUCCCUUUGAUCUUCAGAACUGCUCCAUGAAGUUUGGGUCCUGGACUUAUGAUGGUUCACAGGUGGACAUUCUUCUUGAGGAUGUGCACGUUGACAAACGGGACUAUUUCGACAAUGGCGAGUGGGAAAUUGUGAAGGCCACCGGCAGCCGACGCUUGAGAACCGAUGGGACAUUUUUCUACCCAUCCAUUACCUACUCCUUUAUCAUCCGACGACUUCCUCUCUUCUACACACUCUUCCUUAUUAUUCCCUGCAUUGGCCUGUCUUUCUUGACAGUGUUGGUGUUUUAUCUUCCAUCCAACGGGGGAGAGAAAAUCUCCCUCUGUACAUCUGUCCUUGUCUCACUUACUGUCUUCUUGCUGGUGAUAGAGGAAAUCAUCCCUUCUUCCUCAAAGGUGAUUCCUCUCAUUGGAGAGUAUUUGGUCUUUACCAUGAUUUUUGUGACACUUUCCAUAGUCAUUACUGUCUUUGCUAUCAACAUCCACCAUCGUUCCUCAUCUACUCAUCACAACAUGGCACCCUGGGUCCGCCGGAUCUUUUUGCACCACCUGCCUAAACUUCUCUGCAUGCGCAGCCAUGUGGACCGUUAUGCCAGUGCUGUGGGGAGCCUAAGAGCAGAAAGCACUGAAAGAGAAGGACUGGGUUAUGGAAAGGGUUUGGGCCAUGAAACAACCCCUCUUCUUAAUGCAGAACACAGUUUGCGGGCAGCCCUGGAAUCUAUACGUUACAUUACUCUUCAUGUUGUGAAGGAAAAUGAAGUCAGAGAGGUUGUGCAAGACUGGAAGUUUGUGGCCCAAGUUCUGGACCGUGUUUUCCUGUGGGCAUUCCUCCUGGUUUCUGUGCUUGGUUCUGCUCUGCUUUUCAUUCCAGUUAUCUAUAAAUGGGCCAACAUUAUUGUCCCCAACUAUGUUGGAAGUACUAGUUAAAACACAUAAAUGUAUACAAUUUAUGAUAUUUUAGGAUUUUUAAUAGGGUAAAUGAGUAAAAAUUUUGGAUUUUGACGUUAUCCGAUAUGCCAAUAAUCUUCAACUCAAUGUACUGUAAUGCACACUUUAUGUAUCAAUUAAUUAUACACACAUUUUUAUUAAAGUAGGCCAUUGAAAUGCUCUUCCGCCAAGAGUGAGUAAUUGCUUCAUUGUGUUUUUGUUUUGUUUCAUUACCAUUAUUAUCACAGACAACAGCAGGUAGGUUACUGUCAUUUUUAUGCACGGAUACGAUAUACUGAUACAAGAUCACCAACUUUUUAUUCACUUAAAACCAGAGCUGCCAACUCUCACGCUUUCAUCAUGUGACACACUGUUUUGGCUGUUUUCACACACACUUACGCCACACAUCCAAUUAUUUAAAAAAAAAAACCUGAUCUUGAGCCAGAUUCGUUCGUUCCUUUUCAAACUCCUCGGCGGUACUAGAUAGUGCUGAUGGGGUCUGUAGCUGGCUGCACCCCAAGGUUAGCGACAGAAGAAAAGAUACCCUGCGAAAGGCAAAUGAGAGAAGUCUGAUGGUGAGAAUUCACGCAAUGUGAUUGUCACAGGGUGACUAUAUAGGGCGGAACUAAAGUGGAGAAGAUUGGUUCCGCCCGGAGACGGUUUUCACCCCGGACUAAAAUUUUCAAACUCCUUGACUUCCUGGUCUCCCUGACAACACAGAUUGUAUAUUGACGAGCAACAGGUGUGGCAAGUUAAUGUGGCAGGUUGUGAUUAGAAGAGGUAAUGAAGAUGGGCAAUAUAAAUAGACCUGUGAAACACACAAAAAAAAUCUGCCUCUAGGAGAAGCGGAGGGCGCCACGGGUUCAAGAAGGACAGUCCAGAGUCCUGUCCCCUCUGCCUGGAGGCUAGAAGGAACCCCUGUUUUUAAAUCCCCUUCCCUAAAUACCAUUAACUAAUUUAAAUAAAGCUUAUUUUAAUUUUACUUGUACCUUGUGUGUCUGGUCAUUGGGGUGGCUUUGGGAACCUCCUCGAGGUGGAAACUAGGAAGGGGCGUGACUCAACAGCAUCUGGGUCCGCUCCGACCUGUGACAUGAUCUACUAAUGUUUGCACGUGUGAUAUUACCAACAUGAUCUCACAAAGUUCCGUGGGAUAGUCACGGAAUUUUGUGCUCAUUUUUCCGUGGCAUUCUCACGGAUCUCCGCAUUUUUCCGUGGCCCUGCUACGGACUGUCUUUUUCCGUGGCAUUCUCACGGAUUGGUUACUCAACUGCUUUUUCCUAUUUUCAAACCAUUUUCGCUUCGGUUUAGGGUUAGAUUUGGUGUUUGCAUUAGUAUGUCACUUUAACUAUUGGUUUAUAUAAUUUUUUCUGAUUUAUUCUUUUAUAUUUUCUAAACUUUAAACAAUUGUCGCCUGGCGUUGGGGUUAGAGUUGGGUUUGGGUAGGGAUGUCAUUUCAUGUAAAUCUAACCCUAAACCGAAGCGAAAAUGGUAAGAAAAUAG